AAGCGCACGAAAAUACCUCAGCUGGCGGCAAUCUUACGGAGGAGUGUGUGGUCGCCAGUUGGACUUCAGUUGCUUUAAAGGAUGUUUCCUUUAUUAAAACGAGGAUGCAGCUCCAUCUGAUCAGAAAGUACGCCAGCAAGGCUAGCCGGGAGCACUACGCCAGCAGUAGCGUGAAGAUCUUUCGACGGGUCAAGCCCCAGCAAAAGGUAAACAAACCAAAGAAGCCGGAGAAUGUGGAGGAUGGCCAAACAGAAUAUGCAGAAAAUCUGGUCAAGGUGCAGAUGAUCUCGCGGAAUCUGCACGCCCAACUGUUUCCACAAGCGCCGCGCAGCAUUUCGGAGCAGCAGGUGGCCUCCGCGAAGGUUUACAAGGAUGAGUUGCGUCGGCACGGCGUCGAUAUCGAAAGUUCUGCUCCCGUUUCGGAUGUCCAGUUGAAAUUGCCUCCUCUUAGGGGCGCCAAUAUUGAGGAGCACUUCCACAACAUUGCCAAGGAACAAGUGCAGCCUUACGAGGAGCUACUACUUCCCCUGGUCCAGUGCGAGCAGCUACCGAAACGUCCAAAGCGAUGGGCCUUCCAUACCGGCUGGACAGCCUAUGAUCCUGAGGAUGGAACAGCCACGCCGGUGGAUCACCCACUGGAGAAAGGACUUGUCUUCGAUGUGGAGGUGUGCGUUAGCGAGGGGCAGGCUCCAGUUCUGGCCACAGCCGUCAGCACCAAGAGAUGGUAUUCGUGGGUCAGCCCAAAGCUGACGAAACACCGCCUAAGUGUGGAGCAAUUAGAGCCGUUAGACGUGGACACGGACUCAGAACGACCGCACUACACUCCGGACGAACUCAUACCACUGGGCACCAGUGGACCUGGCCUGGUGGUGGGCCACAAUGUCUCCUACGACAGGGCGCGCCUGAAGGAGCAGUAUUUGAUCGAGGACACGGGCACUCGGUUCGUGGACACGAUGUCGCUGCACAUGUGUGUCAGUGGAGUGACCAGCUACCAGCGGGCCAUGCUGAAAUCCAAAAAGGAACCAGCUGCCGAGGAUCUGGGAUGGCUGGAGCAGAGCUCCCUUAACAGUCUGGUGGAGGUCCAUCGCCUCUACUGCGGCGGCGAUGCGCUAUCCAAGGAGCCGAGGAAUAUUUUCGUCGAGGGAACUUUGGAGCAAGUGCGCCAGAGCUUCCAGUCGUUGACCAACUACUGCGCCAGCGAUGUGGAGGCUACACAUCGGAUACUCCGAGUCCUGUAUCCGUUGUACGCAGAACGUUUUCCACAUCCUGCUUCUUUGGCUGGCAUGUUGGAGAUGGGAUCCGCCUAUUUGCCAGUUAAUUCCAACUGGGAGCGGUACAUACGUGAGGCACAGCUCACCUAUGAGGACCUUAGCAUUGAGGCCAAGUACCAUUUGGGGCGGAGGGCUGAGGAAGCGUGCUCCUUGCUGCUCGACGAUCAGUACCGCCAGAAUUUGUGGCUCUGGGACGAGGAUUGGAGUGUGCAGGAGCUGAAACUAAAGCAACCGCCGAAGCGAAAGCCUCUGCCGACAGUGGAGCUCAAGGAUUCUGGAAACACACCGGAGGAGCGACGUCUGCAGGCCAAGUUUCAACACCUUUAUGAUCAACAGGCUCUACUGCCAGCUCGACGACCAUUGCUACCCGGUUAUCCUCUGUGGUAUCGCAAACUGUGCCGCAAACCACCAGCCAAAAGGGCAGACGAAAUUCUGGAGGACGACGAAGAGCCGUGGUUCCCGGGAGCCAGCGAGAUCAGCACCGGCAUGCAGAUUGCCCCCAAGCUGCUGUCCCUCUGCUGGGAAGGAUAUCCCCUGCACUUCGAGAGGGAGCAAGGCUGGGGCUUCCUGGUUCCAUUUCGCAGCGAUUCGGAAGGAGUAGAUCGACUGCCCAUGGAUCAACUUCUGGCGCGCUGUCCAGUGCCGGAGUUUGCUCGCCUGAGCGCCUCGAAGGCGGAGAGUGAUAUGGCCUUUGACAUGCUGCCUGGCCAGGUGGAGCAGCAUUUGGGAAAGCGGGAGCACUACAAGAAGUUGUCCCAGAAGCAACAACGUCUGGAAACUCAGUACCAAGGCUCUGGCGUGUGGUGCAACAAGGUUCUGGAUGAUUGCUGCUUCUUCCUCAAGCUACCCCACAAGAAUGGACCUUCCUUUCGGGUGGGCAACCCCUUAUCCAAGGACUUCCUCAACAAGUUCGCAGAAAACGUGCUGAGCAGUGGUGAUCCAUCCUGUCAAGCUGCCGCCCGCGUCAUUGACAUUGCACGCAUGAUGUCCUACUGGCGCAACAAUAGGGAUCGAAUUAUGGGUCAGAUGGUGGUAUGGCUGGAUCCGCAGCAACUGCCUGAUGAACUCACUGUCGAAAAGUCCCAGCCAAUAGCCUACGGCGCCAUUUGUCCGCAAGUUGUCGCCUGUGGCACUUUAACACGUCGCGCGAUGGAACCCACAUGGAUGACGGCCUCCAAUUCGCGACCAGAUCGUCUGGGAUCGGAGCUGCGUUCGAUGGUACAGGCACCACCGGGUUACAGACUCGUUGGUGCCGAUGUCGACUCGCAGGAGCUGUGGAUCGCUUCCGUGCUGGGUGAUGCCUACGCCUGCGGCGAGCACGGGGCCACGCCACUCGGUUGGAUGACCCUCAGCGGCAGCAAGUCGAAUGGCAGCGAUAUGCACUCCAUAACCGCUAAGGCUGUCGGCAUUUCACGAGAUCACGCCAAAGUGAUCAACUACGCCCGGAUCUACGGAGCUGGUCAAUUGUUUGCCGAGACACUGCUCCGUCAGUUUAAUCCCACAUUCAGUGCAUCCGAGGCCAAGGCUAAGGCUAUGAAAAUGUUCUCCAUCACAAAGGGCAAGCGGGUGUAUCGAUUGCGAGAGGAGUUCCAUGACGAACUGGAUGACAGGGCCUACAGCAGCUACGAGGCUUCCCGACUGGCCAUUCAACGCAACCGUACCGUGGCAGAGGUAUUCCAUCGUCCCAACUGGCAGGGAGGCACGGAGAGCGCCAUGUUCAAUCGCCUGGAAGAGAUUGCCACGGGCUCGCAGCCUCGAACGCCGUUCCUUGGCGGACGUCUCAGUCGAGCAUUGGAGGCGGAUACUGGACCGGAUCAGGAGCAACGUUUCCUGCCCACCCGCAUCAAUUGGGUGGUGCAGAGUGGUGCAGUGGACUUCCUUCAUCUGAUGCUGGUGAGCAUGCGAUGGCUGAUGGGAUCGCAUGUUCGAUUCUGCCUGAGCUUCCAUGAUGAAUUGCGCUACUUGGUCAAGGAGGAGCUAUCGCCCAAAGCGGCGCUGGCCAUGCACAUCACAAACCUAAUGACGCGCUCCUUUUGUGUGUCCCGCAUCGGACUGCAGGAUCUGCCCAUGUCGGUGGCCUUUUUCUCGUCCGUGGAGGUAGACACUGUGCUGCGCAAAGAGUGCACCAUGGACUGCAAGACGCCCUCGAAUCCGCAUGGCCUGCGCAUCGGCUAUGGAAUUCAGCCAGGUCAGAGCUUGAGCGUAGCGGAGGCAAUCGAGGAGGCUGGAGGCAACGAUGUCAGUCAGUGGGAUUGGAUAAAGAAGAGUUAGCUGCCAAAUACUAGAGAUUAAGUCAUAAGUACUUAGUUGUUACUCAGGAAGUCAAGAAGACUUGGAAUCUGUUACUAGUUCCUCUUAAAUUGUAAGGCACAAAAUGUUUCCCAGUUCCCAAGUCAAGGACACACUUUAAUCUAAAUGAAAUGACCUAUAAAUAUGUA